CAUGAAUAUGACACUUUAAAGCUACCACCAUCUUAUCUGUUGUGUUCUUCCCUUGUUCUGCUCCUCACUCCAACCUUGCUUUUGUUACUGAUAACACCAUUAGCCAUGCAUUCCUUAACAUGCAUGCCACUUUCUUCUUCUUCUUCUCACACCUUCCUAAAGCCAAACCACAACACUCUAUUGGGUACAACUUUGAGACCAUCACAACCUUUGAAAAAAACAGCAUCCUUUACUACCAGAGCUCUACUUUCAUCCACCAAGGAAUCUGUCUUGAAGGAUUUCCAAGAACGAAGAGCUCUCAAGAUUAUCUCAGGCUUGCAGAAUUUUAAUAAAGACAAUGUUGCCUCUGUUGUCACUGCUGCAGAUAAGGGGGGAGCAACUCACGUGGACAUAGCAUGUGACCCAGAGUUGGUGAAGCUAGCUAUCAGCUUAACUUCUUGUCCGGUUUGUGUUUCUUCUGUAGAUCCUGCGACAUUUCCAGCUGCUGUUGAAGCAGGAGCACUAAUGGUUGAGAUUGGAAACUAUGAUUCAUUCUAUGAGAAGGGAAUAGUUUUUACUCCAGAACAGAUUUUAGGUCUAACAAAGGAGACAAGGAGGAUACUUCCAUCUGUAGCGUUGUCUGUCACUGUUCCUCACACACUAAGCCUCCCUGAUCAGGUCAAGCUUGCAGAGUCACUGGAAAAAGAAGGUGUAGAUAUUAUUCAAACCGAGGGAGGAAAAUUUUCCAAUCCUACAAAGGCUGGUGUUCUGGGUUUGAUUGAGAAGGCAACACCAACUUUAGCAGCUGCAUAUUCUAUAUCACGAGCCGUUAAGAUCCCUGUCAUGUGUGCAUCUGGGCUGAGUGCUGUCACAGCACCUAUGGCUAUCACAGCUGGGGCUUCUGGUGUGGGUGUGGGCUCUGCAGUUAAUAAACUAAAUGAUGUGGUUGCAAUGAUUGCUGAGGUUAGAAGCAUUGCUAAUUCAUUGCAGACAUCCUUUCAGAUAUGUACUACACAUGAAGUGGAAACUCAAAGACAAUAGCUUUAUACAUGGGAUUACGUUGCAAGAAAAAACAGCUGAGGGUAGUGAAUAAAACGUGUGAAAGAAAUUUUGGAUCCUUCCUUAAGAAUAAGAAUUGCAAGGAUCCAACUUUCUUCAUCCUUUCUAUUUCAAACUUGUUUUAAUUCUGAUUUUUGUGAAAAAAAAAAAUUAAAAGAAUUAAUGUGUCAUUUCUUUUGUUAAAUCCUCACUAAU